GUAACACAGUGACCGCAGCAGGUAAACUUUUGAUCCAGCUCGCGAUGCCCGUCCAGCCAUGGCGUCAAAACAAGGUGCCAAGUUUCCCAGGCGACAGCUGAUGUCGACGAUAGCGAAGAAAAGCACCCGACUUUGGUUCAGCUUUUUCUUCACAUUAAUUAUAUGGGAUUCAUUUUCUGACCUCCAUUGGGCAAUAGAUAGAAUUUACCACAGAACGGAAAGGAAAUUUUAUUUUAGAAUUCACGAUCAAAUGACUCGGAAAAACUACUUGAAAACUGAUUUGAAUCUAAUUCAUUCGCAAGAAACUUUCGAUAGAAAAAAUUUUACUAACGAUAUCAUAUGGCCAGUUCAUAAUCGCUUUACAUUUUGUGUCAAAAAUAUCCUCCCGUCUAGCCGUCAUCUUGAGAGUGCAAAUAACGAACAGCUGGAAUUAGUUUCAAAGGUCGAACAAGACCCGAAAUAUAAUAGUGCUUGCAAUUGCAUGAGAUCCGUGCUCUUUUUAGAUGCUAGAAAUGACAACAAACAGCCGCUGUCCUUGCGCAACGUCAGUAAACAUCGGAAGCCUCUUGUCACGCAGGAUGCCGACGAAAAUGAACAGCGCCCAUUAAGCUCUAUUGAAUAUUCUAUCGAAGGCGACGUUCCUUGUAUAGCUGAUGGAUCGCUGUGCAUGACAAUCGUAGACCGAAGAGAAAGUGGGAAGGGGAUAAAUAAUAACCAAAGAGCGACGAAAAGUGAUAUGAUAGACGUCGGAUGCAACACUGAGGCCGGUUGGCUGUUCAUGGAUGGCAUCGAAGUGACUGCAUUUCAAGUGAAAAACAACGAACUUGUUUCAUUUCUCAUCUGCUUGCCGUCUUCUCACGAUGAAAAAGUCAAACUCGUGCGUCGCAAGAAGCAAGCCGUUCAGCAACACCGAGAAUCUUCAAAGCUCACUGAGAAAUUGCGAAAAAUUCCCAAGCUUUCUCGUACCCAAACAUUACGGAAGAACCGCUGUGCAAAGCAAUUUAUUAAAAAAUUUGCCAUGUCUACACUUUCUCUCUCAUACAAACAAGCUUUAAUCUCCUGCUGUUCAUCCGUGAAAAAUUUUCGAAAAUAUAGUUCGCAAUAUUUGCAGCAGAUUUCUUUGAAGCUUACUAAUUUGUGUCGAUUUAAUCUUCUCCUUGAGGAAUGCUCAAUUAACGAUUAUUCACACUCUUUCACUGGCAUGCGUCGGUCUGGACAAUUUAACACUGCACCGACAGAGCAAUUACGGACCGAAUGCAUCUUCGAGAAAGUUGCUGUUGCAGUAGACCUGUAUUUAUCGAAUAAAAUAUCAACCGAUGAAUUCACCCACUCGUGCGAGAAAAAUAUACAGGAAAUUGUGUCACUUCACCCCUGUAGCAGAGAUUUGUCAGCAAAUGUACUUGAAUUGGAAGAGUCCGAAUUGAGAGAUUCAUCUAGAAAUUGUGAAGUAGGAAUUUCCCAGUCUGGUCAUUCUUUGAAAAAAGACCGUAGGACUACAACGCUGUUUGCUGCAGCCCAGAAUAUUUUCACCACAGAGCCGCAUAUUUUCACCGGCCUAACACAGCCCCCAGAACCGCCCACUCCAGCCCUGCCAGAAUUCUUCAUCAUGGAGAAGGAGGAAUGCGCCAGAACUUUCUGUCUGUUCCUCAUCUCGUAUCUCAAGACUUACAACUUUUCAAGGAUGACUUUGGAAUAUCGUGAUGGGGAGUUUGCAAACCUCACCAUCAGCCUGAAGCUGAACAUCACGUCGGGCGUGUUGGGCCCCAACUACUACCAGCCGACGGACCGGCGGCGAGGGUUCGUCUACCGCCUGGGGGGGCUGUCGGGCCGGCAGCGCUACUUCAUCUGCGUACGCGGGCACCCCGCGACGGGCGCCACCCACGGCGUCGCCAGGGCCUGCCUCAGCUUCCUCACGAGCGAUAGUGACGGAGAAACAGACGCUUUCAACUUGACUGGCAUAUUCUUGGUGCUGGGCAUCUCAACGAUCAUCAUGACUGUCGUGAUGCUGUGCGUUGGCUACGAGAAACUCAUCGACCGCAAGAAGAGCGAUUGUGUCGACAUUCUUCUUUGUCGCUACAAGCGCAAGAAGAACGUCAAGCGCACGGCCAGAGGUACGAUCUCUCCAGAGCCUCUUGUAGUGCCCCAUAACAACGUAAGAACAAUUCCGCAAGCCUACCAGAACGAAAAUGCGUCUUUUUCAUCCAAUGAGGACAGGAGGUACUGAAAGCUUAAAUUAUUCUUAAAUAGUGAGGACUUACCUGGAACUUUAAUUGGGUGAUAAGAUGAGACAAUUAAAUCAUAAUUGACGGUGAGGUACUGAAGACAAAGACCAAGUAACGGCAUGGGAAAGUUUUUAAUACUACGUCCAUGGCUGAAGAGAUUGGUCUACAUAUAGCAUUACAGAACAUAAGAGUGUGCGGGUUGACUUGUUUCAUCAGUGGGUGGAUGCUCCGAUAACAUUUUUUCUAGUGGUGACGCGAGGCAUUAAAGGAUUAACUAAGAGAAAAAAGUUAUUACAAAUGAAUUACUUUCCGUGAAGAGAAAAUUAACCAACUCAUGUAUGAACAUUUGAUGUCAACACAGGGAUACCGAGUAGUACAGAUGGGGACACUGAUUGCAGUGCAAUAGCUGUGUUGUGCUACAUUUCUUCAUUUUUAAACAAAUUGGAAGAUAAUGAUUCCACUUCCAACUGAAGUUUUUAGGUUUAAGAUAUAAGGCUCAAAAAUUUUGUGGAUCACUCGAAAAAGGACAUUAGAUGCUGAGCGUAUAUAUUAAACCUCUGCCAAAUGCCCAAAAUUAGCAUUGCAGCCUUAUGAAAUAAACAUUAACAUCUUUAAAAGUUUACAGAAUUGGAAAAUUUCACCGACUUAUUAUUGACCAAAGGUAGAUCUUAUGGCAAAUAAUAAUUUGGGCAAAACGAAGUGAUAAAUCAGCAAAAUAAAAAUCAAAUAUCUAAAAUUUGCAUCAUUGCGAGAAUUAUGCGCGAAAUUACAAGGUUAUUUAUUUUAGAUAUUAAGGGGUGAAUUCAUUAGCGAGAUUCACAUUUACAAUAUAUUCAUCAGAUGCGUUUGCUUGGAGGAUUAGUUGUCGGCGCCAUUAUAGUCAUUAAGUUAUUAACUUGAAGGUGUCUGUGACUCUGUGUACUAGUGCAUAGAGCUGUGUGCUCUAUGUGCUAGCAUGUUAAAAAAUUUUUAAUGCAAGGGAAAUGAAUUUUCUCAUUAAUUCACUAGUAAUUAAAAAUCAUUCUCAAGGAAAAAUAGUAAUUAACGAUAAUGUGAGUUAAACAUUAAGUAAAAUAUAUCAAUGCCAAAACAAGGUUUCUCAAUAUUUCGUAAUUAAAAUUGAACUCAUCGUACCAUGAAUCAUAUAAACUGUAUAUUUUCGUUUAUAUUUGAGUCUUUGAUUGAUCAAAUAACUAAUCAUAAUAAUCAAAAAGUUCACAAUUCUAUUCAAUGCGUAAUCGUCAGCCCUAUUCACUACCUUAUAGUGAGUCACUUCCUUGGACUGAUUGUUAUUUAAUCCAAAUUUAAUCCGAGAGAAUCGAUUUUAAAAUUAUUAUUAGUCUGUCGAAUAUAGCUAAAAAAAGUAACUAUAAACUGUCCAGUAGUAUUAUUGAAGUAUUUAUUUGGUGAAGUAUACAAUAGAAUUAUCUUUUAGAAAGGAAACUCAAGUCGUGAAAAUAUAUACGUAAAUAGAUAAGAGUUUUAGAUAAUUAGUCGUUUAGCGCACAAUGCGUAUAUAUAUAUGUAUUUUAGAGCCACACUACUACCAUUUCGCCGCUAUUACCAUGUAAAUUAUAUUUAGCUUCAUAGUAGUUGUUAUAGGAUCUCAGUAUUACGAGUCUCUUUAAUUUGAAUCUUCGCUUUAGACUUCGGGACCAAUCAUAUGACGCCAAAUGAUUUCUAGCGUAGACUGCCGAUUCAUGUAAUGUUAACAAUAGAUAUAUGAAUGUUGUACGAAGUGAUGACAUCGAAUCUUGUUGCAUUUUAUUUUUCAUUUAAAUUCUAGUAAUAUUGCUUGCAUUAGGAAGAAUUUAUAGAAUAUUUUACCAUUAGGUUUGCGUUGUAAUAACGUUUUUGAGAUGCACUUGCAUGGUCAUAAGGAAGUCAAAAUAGUUAUUGAAGUAUUGUAUGUUUACGAAGCUUUUUGUACGAACCCUCAAUUGAAAGAUAUAGUGAUGGUUUCAAUAUAUUACAGAAGACACACUUGAAUGGUUAUUCAAAGCACGAAUAAUGUCAUUAUUAUAACCUAUUAAACAUUGCGCACAGAUUCUUCGCGCUGAAUCUCAAAAUGUUAUCGAUAUAAAUAUCAAUAAAUGUGAUAUGGGUUGCCUUAAUAUUUUUGAAUGUUGGGGCAUUGAUCGCUGACAUCGAACCUUUAAUUGACUCACAAUAUCAUUUCAAAAUGUAAUGAAACGCUAUGGACUCAUUUGAAUCCUGCUAUAUACGUACUGUAACAAUCAUUAAUUUUUUGUAAAUAAUUAUUGUUAAUUGAACGCGAAGUUUUUUUUAACUUCUUGUUAACUUCUUGAUUAAAAUGAAUGCUCCGUGACAGAUAAUUAAUUUAAAAAUUCUCUUUUUAUAAUAUGCCUAGGACGCAUCGAAAAUGAUGUUCAUUAAAUCAUCAUUGGGGGGAGUCAUCCCCAAACUGGGAGUCCCAAAACUUGAUGUCUUGACUCUCAAAUGAUGUCUUGUCCCAAAUGGUGUCUUGACUCCCCAAAACUGGGAGUCAUCAUCCGUUUAUAUCAUUUGGGUAAUGCUUUAAUUUUUCAAUUUAUUUGCGAGCGAUGAGCCUCCAAAAUUUAUGACCAUGUUUUUGUAGCUGAAAACUACCGCUAUUUACCUAAUUAGACUAAUGUUUCUGUGCUCUUUAUUGGUUUUAAAUUCGACACGAAGUGAAGUAUUGAUAACUUUUGCCUUAAAUGAAAGUGUCAAAAGAUUUUAGUCAAUAUUUAAAUUUCAUUCCUAACUUCAGUCGGCUUUGCCUGUGAAUUGAUCGCUAUCAGUUGCUAGGAAUUUAAUGCAAGAAUAGUGCACCAAAACUUAUAUCUGUUCCUUUAUUCCAAAACCUAAACGUAUAUGAACCAAAGAAAUGACUGCUAUUAUAACAAGUUACUCGUCAUCACUCCUAUCACAAGCGAUUUUCUCGCUAAAAAAACUGAUCCUUUAUAUAACAUGUAUCUGCUCGUCCUAUUUCUAUUGAUAUUGUAUUUCUUGAUCAGGUCAUUUCUACCCUGUUUCUGUUAAUCCCGUUUUUGUUUAUCCUGUUUCUUUAAUGCAUUGCGAUAUUAAAAUUAAACUUUCUGAAAACCGCAAUUUGGUUGCCUCAAAUUUGUACACGAGCCAAGCAAUAAUGUAGACCUGCUUCUUGUGAAAUAAAUCAAAUAAACCUAAAAUAAAUCACUUCUAAUAUCAACCCUUUCAACAGUCAUGGAUUUGGUCAAGUAAUGUCGCGGAAGUUUUUCAAGCAGACGUGACCUGCACGAGUCGCUUGGAAGAGGCAGUAAAUUUUCAAUUUUUCUACUCGUGGACAGCGGGCGG